AUGGAGCAUGGGGCACCAAAGGCAGCACCAUCAGACGAUGCGGCGUCGUCUGGCCGCCUCCACUUCCCCAGCUAUCUGCCGAAUCUGCGAGGCGUCUUUCGCAAUUCCAAUUACAAAAUGCGGUGUACGCAGCUCAGCUUCAUAUGCGCCCUGCUAGUACUAGCAUUCCUGGGCCUAACCAGCGCUGAAUCAAAGUACCGGACUCCUGCUCGGAUAUUGGCCAAACAAACGGGGGCCACUCAAUUCGAGGAGGAGCGGUAUGAGGCGCACACGAACUGCAAUGAGCACAAGCACCACCUGAAGAAGCGCGCCUCGGAUGAGGAUGUGGAUUACGAGGUGUACCAGGGAGUAGUGGGACGGCCUGGCAUAGAUUUUCCCAUCUAUCCACGCAUUCCCAAGACCUCCUUCAGCUGUCGCUCCUAUGGAAAUGGUUACUUUGCCGACAUGGAAACGGAUUGUCAGGUCUUCCACAUCUGCGAAGAGGGCCGCAAGAUUUCCUUCCUAUGUCCAAAUGGCACAAUCUUCCAGCAGAGCGAGCUCACCUGCGACUGGUGGUUCAAAGUGAACUGUCUGGGUUCCUCGGGUUACUAUGCGGAAAGUGCAGAGAUCUUGAACAAGCAGCGAGUGCAUCGCGUUCGUCCCUCGGUUCCUGUUCAGGGCUUCAACAUUGUGGGCGGUGGUCUGAACAUUAAGCCCAAGGUUACUCCUGUUGCUGGUCAGGCGAGAUCUGGACCUCGUUCCAAUCCCGACAGACGUAUCGAUUCCACAGAGGAUGUACCCGCCUCCGUGGAGAGCGUGGAUUUUGAUGAUGUUUCCGGAGAGAAGCGAAAGGUUCUGCCCAGCAUCGAUAACAACAAUAAUGACCAUGAGACACAGAUCACAGCUGAAAGUUCCUCCUUUGUCAGUGGCUCUGGAAAGCGAAGGGCCAACAAGGAGCAAGGUAAUCCCAGUCGCAACAGCAACGACGACCUGACUGUAUUGAAACCCUCACGCCAAAGAACUCCGGCUGCCUCCCAGGAGAGAGGUGUCUCCACCGAGAGAGCCAGGAAUGGCCAGAGGGGUCAGCAUCGUUACAGUGGCAGCGAGGAGCACAGCAAGGAGAAGGAGAAGUCAGCUCCCGUUCAGCCCAAGGAGAAGCCCACUUCCAUCCAGCUUAAGGAGAAACCCGAAUUUUUUGAGGCUCACUCCACCAGAUCUGUGCAGCAGACCACGCCACACUACACCGGCGGAGGCUUCUCCACUGUCCGUCGCCUGGAGCCCAGCAAAUCCACGCCAUUCUACACGCCCACAGUGCCCAGCUUGGUGAAGUCCAAGAGCACGGAGGGAAAGCUGAACUACAUCAAGGGUGGCCAUGUGGCAACGACACCUAAUCCUAACCGCUUUGGAGGAGCCAGUUCAGGUAUCUUCCUGGAGUCAUCGGCGGCGCCUAAGGUCAAGCCUACUGCUAGUGCCAGUAUCGAACUGGACAGCACCUAUAAGCCAGUGAUUAUUGGCAUGAGGCACCACUACGAUGUGGCCAGUUCCGGCGAAUACCGUCCGCCCGCCAAGUCCAGUGAGAGUCGCGACUAUUUGCCAACUACUCCACCUCCAUCGGCGACCAGCAGCGGACCCACCUAUCUGCCCAAGAGCGGCAAGUCUCCUAGGGGCAAUGCGGCAGGCGCUGCCGGAGAAGAUGUCCUUUUGUUCGCACCCAAUCCCGUGAAGGAGGAAUCGGUCUAUCGCAAUGUGCAGGAAAUGCUGAAGACCAUGAACCUGCUGAAGGAUCAGUUUGAGGACGUGGAAUUGAAUGCUGCGGCAGCAGCUCCGGCCCGAGUUGGCCUGGAGAUCCCGCCAUCCUCAGGGCCCGAUGCCCUGGUGUCUCUGGCCAAGUACUUUGCUCAGGAACAUAAUGAGACCGGCAAUGCAUUGGGUAAUCCGAAUGUAAAGUCGGAUAAGACGGACAAGAACGGUGUGAAGACCAAACUGUCUGCGAAGCCACCGCUACCGACAAUCAAGCCAUCGGACGCCACUGCCCUGCUCACCACCUCCGAGAAUCCUCCAGCCAUUAGUGAGAAUGCGGAUGACAUUAAGAAGAGCCUGUUGAGUGACACUACUGUCAAGAAGUACAGCAAUCUCUUUGGCCUGAAGGCAGCCCAAGGACGCGGUGCCGGAGAAGGAGACAUAAGUGCUGGACUGCUCUCCAACCCACCGAAUGGAACCCAGAACGAGUCUGGCUCAAAGUACCAACAGUUCCCCCAGAUCGGUAGCACAGGUUCAACGAUUGGUGCUUUGGCAGAGAAGCCAGAGUCUCGCAAGAUCGCUCAGAUCUUCUCCAACGCUCUGUCGAGUUAUUUGGACAACCCAGCUACCUUCCGUGCAGAACUGGCUGCCCGAGCUCGUCCUACGGAGCCCCCAAGCACGCCCAACUUCCGGCCGGUGACCACAACGGAUCCCUCGUUGUUCAGCGAUGGAACGGCCAAGUACUAUCUGCCCACCAAGGGAUUGCCCGAGCAGACCACGCCCACACCCAACAGCAUUGCCGCCGAGAUCAAUCACAAAUUCGACUCCACACCCGCUCCAGAGUACUCCACCACCACCGAGCUAUACGAGGCCAGUACGAAUCGAGGCCAGGAACUGGAGUUCUCGGGGGAGCUGGCGCCACCCAGUCAAGACUCUGGAGAGGAAUUCCUGCAGCAGCAGCAAACUCAGUCGUUUGUCAAGUCCCGUAACGAUCUGCUGAAGGAUGCUAGGCCCCAGAAGCUAGUGACCACUCACAAGCCCACCGAGCACCCGUGGGCUCUUAAAUCGCAGACUGAUUUUCUGGAUCCUCUGACCAUCAACGAUGGUCUGAUGAAGGAGCAACGUACCUCGACCACCAGUACCACGACAACGACAUCGACAACACCCUCACCGUUCGCCUAUAGGGUGACCACACCUACGCCAUCUCGCUAUGAGUGGGAGGACAUCUUCCGGAGCUACGAUAUUCCCAGGGACGCCCUGCCCUCCAGUAGCGGCCUGCAGAGGAUAGCCAACAAGCUAUUUGGAGGACUCAACGAGCAGGAGGCACUGCACUUGCGGAAUGUGAUGGCCAAGGCGGAGCAUGAUCGCCAGGUACUCAGUCUCCUGCUGUUGCUCAUCCAGACCUGUGACGACCACAAUGGAAAGGCGCUGGAACGUAGCAGGAAGCAUCUCCUGAACGCCCUUAUCGACAUUGACAGCAAGACGGCGGCCGGAGGAAAGACCUCCAGGCAGCGACUGACCACCACAACGAAUCGCAUCCCAGUGACCACCUUCCGACGUGGCGGAGCCGCCUCCGGUGGCGAGUACUUCACCAGCACCACUCCGGGAUACACGACGACAACGGAUCUGCCCACCACGACAACAGGGCUGGGGGCAGGCAGUUACGAGGAAACCACCAAGUUCGAGAUCCGCGUCGAGGAGCUCGAGGAGGGCACCACGACAACGGCGCCCCUGCUGGAGGUCAGUUCGGAUCGGCGGGCCCUGGAGCUGCUCAAGUCAUUAUAUUCGCUGGCGUCCAAGUUCAGCAGCAGGCGGUAG